AUGAGGAGGAUCCGGUCCGCGUCCCCAAAGUUUUCUCCUGCCAUCAAAGGGAUACCGCUUAAUACUUCACCGCAGGAAGCCCUGGUCCGUACCGAUGGCCAUUCCAAACUACACAUAGAGUAUGAGAUCCUGCUCUCCCCACAUACCAAGUUCCCGUCUUGUACUUUGUGCUCCACUGGGACAACCAGGGGCCUAUCGGUCUACCGGUACCUCGUCCCGGAGUCGUAUAGAAAGCAAUUGAAGAAUGUGGGGGUGAUGGGUGGGAUCAGCUUCGGCUAUCAUCCGGAAUCUGGCGCUCCGGCUUUCUUUGUUCACCCGUGCAACACGGCGGAUGCCAUGGGAAGGAUUGCAGAUGCACGGACGGUAACCCCAGAGACGUAUCUUCUCAUCUGGCUCGGACUGGUGGGCCAGUGUGUGAGCCUACACGUCCCACGCGAGCUCAUCUUGUCCCAGGAUGGUGCUAGGCCAUUGUGA